CAAAACGUAAGCUGUCAAAAUUGAUAGAAAUUACGUGGAGAAUGUGUGCAGUCUGUGGUUAAAAGUUUUCAGUCAGUUGCGUAUCGCAAGUAAUAUUAAUUUAAGAUUUCAUAAUAAAAAUAAAUAGCCGGUUUACAGGUUUGAAAUGUACAAAAAUAAUUCACGUAUAAAACAAUGUCGGACUGGUAUUGGCGGGUAAUUGCUUUGAAGGCAGCAUUUGCGUUAACUUUUAUUUUUUGUAAUGUACGUGCCGAGGAUACUGUGCAGAAGUUACCGUACUGCAAUCCUACUGUUGAAAAGGACGAUACAAAUCUAAACGACCUGGUGAUUGUAAGCACACUUGAUGGAAGAUUGACAGCAUUCUCCACUCAAAAUGGCAUAAAAGCAUGGGAUCUUGAGACACAACCUUUAUUAUCUUCCAAUUUACAUCAUGUUGAGAUAGAGAACCUCCUCGUUUUUGCUCAGGACGGCCUUUGUAUGGAUCUGAAUAAGGAGAUAGGUGCUCGCGAGACACUCUGGUUUGGUCUUGAUGCUCAUACGGGAGGCAUUAUAUACGAGUGUGGCUCUGGAGGAUGUAGUACUGAACAGCAGACAGCGUACGCUGGUCGUGACGUCAUCGUGCUGAGGAGGCAUUCCAACACAGUCAGGGCCUUGGACCCGAGGACUGGGAGCGACCACGGCUACUUCGUGUACCUCCAAGAAACGUGUGACCAGUCGGUCCAAGUGUCGGACGAUAUCUUCGACUCCCCCAAUAUUAGCGACGACAUGUCUGAACAUCAUGACAUACAUGUCCAUGUAUCUUCACUCUGGUACUGGUGGAAGGAAGUGCUGCUUAUUGCUGUGUCGUCAGCUCUCUUGAUGAAUUUAAUGAUCUGGCCCAGAAUGUUUGCGCCUAAAUUACCCCCGUCGCCAUUGCCGACUAGUAAUGAACAGGUGGUAGUACAAGUAUACAACUGGCCAGAGAAGCCAGGUCCAAGUCGUCCAAGUAUUGCAGAAUAUUCUGGUCGAUAUGAGAACGAUUUCACUUCGGUUCGGUGUUUGGGUCGCGGCGGCUUCGGCGUCGUGUUUGAAGCAAAGAAUAACAUAGACGAUUGCUCUUACGCUGUCAAGAGAAUCACGUUGCCUAGGAGGUCGUUAAGUUGCAACGAUUCGUUCAGCAUAGUUUUCGAUGCGAACGCUCCCUCUCGGGCCGAGGUAACAAAUUCAGUUCACUCCGUGAAGCCCUCCCAUGUCACGAGUGAUGACGACUCGUUUAUAGUCUUCGCUAACUCACAAGAGGGCGCGGAGGGGACGGAGGGCGGGGAGGGAACUGGAGAACAUAACUCUUCCUAUGACCGGAGGCUUGAGAGGGUCAAGGAGUGUGAUUAUAAGACUGAGAGCUCUUCUACGGGAAAGAAGAAGGUAAAAGUGCUAUUCAGUCAAAUAGUAUCAGCGGUGGAAUACGUCCACCUGGCUGGGCUGAUCCACCGCGACCUGAAGCCCAGCAACAUUCUGUUCGCGCCCGACGGACGCGUCAAGCUAGAGAGUCGUCCGUACAGUUACAAGGUGGACAUAUACUCGUUGGGGCUCAUACUGUUUGAGUUGCUUCAUCCAUUCUCCACGGAGUCGGAGCGCGUCGCCUGUCUGCUGCAACUGAGGCAGCACAAGUACCCGCCUGACUUCAUUGCUGAUUAUCCUGAGGAGACGGAGGUCCUAAAAAUGAUGCUAAGUGACGACCCAUCUAAGAGGCCCACAGCGACCGGAGUUAGGGCACACGCGCCCUUGUACCAGCAAACUAACCCGGACUAUCAUUUCGUAUUACCGGCCAUGGCCGCUGCGUAAUAUCUCAUACCUAAGAUAAUGUUUUUUUUUU